GCAAAUCUGAAUGGAAUGCUAUGAUAUGAUAGUGUACACGGAGGAGAAGGAGAGAGCCCAGAAUUCUGGGAAGAAUUGGUGAGUGAAUUGAGGAUUGUUUCUUUUUAUAUAUAAGGUAUUAAAUUUCGAUGAAAUCUUCAACAUUCCCUUAAAACCCAAUUCUCCGAUUUCUACGAAACCGUCGUAAACCCUCGGCACUCAAAACCUUCUCCUUUCCUUGUAAACGAGAACGACAAGCGAUGGAGAGGAGAGGCGACGAAGAAAGAUUGGCGAAGCUCUGGGGAGAAACACCCGUCGCUGCUGCGUCUCCGUCUGUCGUCCGCCACCCGAGUCCGAGGCAGUUCCGCUACCUUAACAACAAUAACAUCGCAUUCCCUGCUGCCAACGAAAACCCCUUUUCCCCUCAAACUUCUUCUCACUCGCUUGAUUCCAGUUCUGCUCGUCUCUCCUCGCGUUCGUUUCACCAGUCCCCUCUUGUUUCUUCCGAUAUCCCUUCCUUUCACAAUGUUGUAUCAGCUUCUGUGCCUGCUGUGACCAAUACCUUGAUUGGUCAAGGUCAGGGUUUUCCGUCUUUAUUUUAUCAGCAAAUGCAAGAAACAGUAAUGGAGUUGCAACGCUUGAGAAUCCAAGAAGCCAUUGUGGGACAGACGCUUGCGAUUAUGCGCGCUCCUGCUCCUCCUUCCGUUCCGGUUGAGAGUUUUGCUGUCUCUCGAUCGAAUCCCGACACUGGGGUCUUGAUGUCAUCAUCGGUUAAUGGUUGUGACAUGUAUUGCUGCCAGCCCAGAAACAAAUGCUGCUUGCAGCUUCCAAGACCUUCGUCCCUCGAUUUCGCCAAGCGUACCCCGAUGAUGCCCUGUUCUAAUGUUAACGGGUUUCGCCUUGAUUCUAAUGGGCACUGCAGAGUACACUCAGGGAAUGGCCAGCUCUUGGAAACGAACAAUCCAAACACGUUGAGGUCCCCGCUCUUAAAUCAGAGUCUAAAUCAUCUACAGCAGCCGCAGGAGCUCCACCACCCAAUGUACUCAUCAUUGGAAGAUUUCAGGGGCCAGAUGGUUGCGCUGGCCAAGGAUCAGCACGGGUGUCGAUUUUUGCAGAAGAAGUUCGAGGAGGGAAAGGUGGACGAGAUUGAGAUGAUUUUUGCCGAGGUGAAGGACCAUGUGGGCGAGUUAAUGAUCCACUCUUUUGGGAAUUACCUUGUUCAGAGGCUCUUGGAAGUAUGUACUGAUGAACAGAAGAUGGAGGUUCUUAGCACCAUCACCAAGGAGGAAUUCCAACUCGUCACAAUCUGUCUUGAUACGCAUGGUACUCGUGCAGUACAGAAAUUGUUGGAGCAUCUUACCACCCCAGAGCAAAUUUCCUGUGUUAUGAUGGCUUUGAGGCCGGGCACCGUCAUACUUACCAAGGACGUGAAUGGUCAUCAUGUGAUUCAAAAUUGCCUCCAGCAUUUCUCCAAUGAAGACACUAAAUAUCUUUUGAACGCAGUAUCAGACCACUGUGUCGAGAUUGCCACAGACAGCAGCGGGUGUUGUGUACUGCAGCAGUGUUUGGGGUAUGCCCAGGGAGAACCAAGAGAGCGCCUUUUUGCUGAAAUUACGUCAAAUGCAAUUGUCCUGGCUCAAGAUCCUUACGGGAACUAUGUUGUGCAGUAUAUAUUGGGUCUGAAAAUACCACAUGUCAUGGCUGCGGUAUUGAGACAACUUGAGGGAAGCUAUAUGUCUCUUUCUUUGCAAAAGUUUAGUAGUCACGUGGUAGAGAAGUGUUUGAAAGAGUCUACAGAAGAGCAGUCCUCAAAGAUUAUCAAGGAGCUCCUUGGCAGUUCAAAAUUUGUUGGCCUUCUAGAGGAUGCUUAUGGAAACUACGUUGUUCAGUCAGCUUUGUUGGUAUCAAAGGGGGAUACGCACAAAGCCAUAGUUGAUCUGGUGAAGAGUUGUAUUCCAUCUAUGCGCAGCAAUCCUUAUGGGAAAAGGAUCCUGGAUAAGAUCAUUGCGAGGAGGUAAGCACGGCAUGUAUAAACAUGUACAAUGUGGAUACAAUAGUCAUGGAAGAGAUUUACAUUCAACUGCAGGGUCAGGCUGAUGUUGGUUUUCCUUUUUCGGGAUUCUUUUUAUUGUUUAAUCUUUUUGUUGUUGAACUAGAAUUGAGCAUUUGGUCCCUCUUUAGGUAGAUGAUGUCUCUAGGUUUGUCAUAUGUAAUAUGUGUAGUUUGGUGGCCAUACUGUCGGUUAUGCCAAUACAGAGGAUUAGGUGUAAGGCUGUUCUGAAGACCACAGAUGUAGAGGGGCAAAGGGGUCUUCAGACUGUAUAUCCUGAGACAGUAAAACUAGAGCUGGGCGAUUAUUGAAUGUAGUUAAAAUUAUUUACUUCUUGAGUUUGCUUUCA